AUGAAAGCUCUCGGACAUCGGACUCGUUCAAAAGUCCAAAUUAACGAAGGAAUGGACGAAAUCUCUCGAUUUACUGAACUAUCCCAAGAACAAGUUUCCAAGUCAAAAAACAUGGCGCGAUCUAUUGAUUACUGUCAAACCACAAAAAUGUCUGAUAAAAAAGUAAAACGACGUAUAUAUUCGGAUGAAUACCUAAAGUUUGGAGUGAUACCCUACGACCAUAACAAUUCACUUCCAAUGUGUCUUAUGUGUAAAAAGGUCUUUACAAAUGAAGGAAUGAAGCCUUCAAGAAUGCUAAAUCAUCUUAAGAUUUGUCAUCCUGACAAACUUGAUGCGGAUAUCAAUUAUUUUUCUAAUCUGAAAUAUAAUUAUGAAAAUCGUCUUAUGAUUAAUCAACUAUUUACAAAAAAUUCGAAGAUGCUUGAAAAAGGCCUAUAG